GGUCUUAAAAAGGGUUUGUUAAUCCACUCCAGUGCAGAGGGGUUUUCUUGCAAGGCGCUGAUUUGGUCUUUAGCGUCAAUACGAGGUGAAGGGAAGAAAGCAGUGAAUUAUUUGCCAUGUCUCUCUACUUGCCCCUGAUUUUUCUUCUCUCCAUUAGUACAUCUCUACAAAUGUCUGCUAGGGGAAUAUUUUCAAUCUACAAUGAAGACAACAAGCUCUGUGCCCAAGCUCAGAACUCUAGCUCAGUCAUAACUACCACCUGUGAUGAGCAUGAUGAGUUUCAAAAGUUCAGGUGGGUGUCUCCCACACAGCUGCUGAGCAUGGCACUCAAGCUGUGCCUGGGGGUGCUUGCCAAGGACGAUGAGGCUGCCAUCACGUUGGAAUCCUGCAACAGGACAAAUGAACUUCAGUGGUGGGAAUGUAGAAAUGAGACACUUGCAACCCAUGGCAAGGAUUUGUUUCUCAACUAUGGCAAGGGCAAGGGGAAGAAGGUCAGGCUAUCCAAAUCCAGCAAAGGGAGCAGGUGGAGAAUCCGUGGAAGUGCAGACAGCGUGUGCUCUCAGCGCUAUGAGGACAUCUAUACACUGGGAGGAAAUGCCUUUGGUGCACCCUGUGUGUUCCCUUUUAAGCACCAGGGGAAAUGGUAUGCUGAAUGCAUCCCUCGGAGGAAUGAUGCAGACUCUCUCUGGUGUGCAACUUCUUCAGAUUUUGAUAAAGACCAGUUGUUUGGAAACUGCCCACUAAAAGACACGACCCACAAUAACUUUUGGAAAACAAAUCCUGUGACAGAAACCCGCUAUCAGAUAAACUCAGAAUCACUUUUGACAUGGCACCAAGCAAGAAAAAGCUGCCAGCAGCAGAAUGCAGAAUUAUUAAGUAUCGCAGACCUUCGUGAAGAAAUGUAUUUAUUAGGCCUCACUAGUGACCUGGGCAUCAAUGCAAAGCUCUGGACUGGUCUCUACAAUGCACUUGACAGUGGCUGGCAGUGGACUGGGGAAAGUCCUUUCAGAUACCUCAACUGGGCUCCAGGAAGUCCCUCUGUGGAAUCUGGAAAAAUAUGUGGGACCUUCCAAGGUAGGAAUGGCAAAUGGGAAAACCAGGUGUGUGAUCGGAAACUGGGAUAUAUCUGCCAGAAGAGAAACACCUCCUUGGAUUUUUUCACCAUCACCUCAGGUGAUUCAAGGCAUUUUAAGUGCCCCAGGGAAUGGGUGCCCUACGCAGGUCAUUGCUACAGAAUUUAUAGAACAGCAAAAAUAUGGAAAGAAGCCCAGUCUUCCUGUAGAAAAGAAGAUGGAGAGCUGGCGAGUAUUCAUAAUAUUGAAGAGUACAGUUUUACAGUGUCACAGCUUGGGUACAAGCCAGAUGAUGAGCUGUGGAUUGGCCUAAAUGACUUCAGGGUUCAAAGGUACUUUGAAUGGAGCGAUGGCACACCUGUGACUUAUACCAAAUGGCACCAUGGAGAGCCAACCCACACUUGGAAUAAGGCAAACUGCAUCCUUAUGAAGGGAGAGGAUGGAUCCUGGGCUGACAGUGCUUGUGAAAUGAAAUUUGGCUACAUCUGCAAAAGGAAACCCUUGGCUGAAGAACCAGGGGAAGUUGAAGUUACCUACCCAGGCUGCCAGAAAGGCUGGAUGAAGCACGGUUUUUACUGUUACUCCUUGGUGCAGCUGCCAGCAACAUUUUCAGAAGCCAAAAAAGUUUGUGAAGAAAACAAAGGUUACCUGGCUACUGUGAGAGACAGAUACGAACAAGCUUUUCUGACCUCCAUAAUUGGAUUCAAACCAGAAAAAUACUUCUGGAUUGGUCUUUCAGAUGUGGAAGAGCAUGGGACAUUCAGGUGGGCCAGUGGAGAUCCCGUCACCUUCACUCACUGGAAUGUGGGAAUGCCUGGAGGAGAGUCAGGCUGUGUUGCCAUGGCAACAGGAACUUCAGCUGGACUAUGGGAUAUUUUGAACUGUGAAGAAACGAACACAUUUCUCUGCAAGCAGCUGGUGGAGGGAGUCACCCCUCCUCCUCCUCCAACAGCAUCCCCUCUCCUGUUUUGCCCAGAUGGAUGGCAGUCUAUUCCUCAGAGCAGCUUCUGCUUCAAAAUCUUUCAGGGAGGAAGGGAAAAAAUGCAAACAUGGUUUGAAGCAAGAGAUUUUUGCAGAACCAUUGGAGGAGAUCUUGCAUGUAUCCACAGUGAAGAAGAACAAAAUCUGAUAGCUAGACUAGACAGAGGUUAUAUUCACUAUUCUUACUGGAUGGGUUUAAGUGCCUUGAACUCUGAUGGUGGAUUUACAUGGAGUGAUGGCUCACCAGUAAAUUUUGAAAAAUGGUCACAUGGAGAACCAAACAAUUAUGAUGGGAAUGAAAAAUGUGGUGUAUUUACUGGCUACCUCAAUAUGAACUGGAAUGAUUUAUUUUGUGAACACAUGCUGGACUAUGUUUGCCAAAUCAAAAAAGGAGCCUCACUGAAACCAGAGCCUAAUUCCACAUUCAAUUAUGAAUACGUUGUUGGUGAAGAUGGCUGGAUAAUAUAUAAACACAAGGAAUACUACUUCAGCAAAGAUGCAAUGUCUAUGGAAAAAGCCAGAGGCUUCUGCAAGAAGAAUGGUGGUGACCUUGUUGUCAUUGAGACUGAAAGUGAAAAAAAUUUUCUUUGGAAAUAUGUUUUCUAUAAAGACUGGGGGAAUAACUUCUAUAUUGGCUUAAGUGUGAGCCUUGACAGAACAUUCCGGUGGAUGGAUGGAACAUCAGUGAACUAUGUUGCCUGGGCUCCAAAUGAACCCAAUUUUGCAAAUAAUGAUGAAAACUGUGUGGUCAUGUAUACCCAUACAGGUACGUGGAAUGAUCUCAACUGUGGCAGUGUUGAGUUAUUCAUCUGUGAAAGGCUUAACAACACUGUUCGUCCAACUGUUGCUCCCACUUCACCACCACCAAAGGGUGGGUGUCCAGAAGACUGGCUCCUCUUUGAUAACAAGUGUUUUAAAGUCUUUGGCCUGGAUGAAAAUGAUACAUUGACAUGGCAUGCUGCACGGAACAACUGCAUUGAUCUUGGAGGAAACCUGGCUACUAUAUCAAAAAAGGAAGUGCAAGCUUUCCUUAUGUCCCUCUUAAAAGAUGCUGCAACUGAUGCUUGGAUUGGACUGAAUGACAUAAAUCAGGAGCACACAUACUUAUGGACAGAUGGAAGCCCAGUAGACUACACAAAUUGGGCAAAAGGUUCCCGAAGUUAUUACAGUAUGGAUGAUUGUGUCUUUAUGAUGAAGAACCCUAUUGAGCAGGCAGGAAAAUGGAAAGAUGAAGGAUGUAAAGCAAGCAAAAGUUACAUCUGCCAAAAAAAUUCUGACCCCAAACUGCUGAACUCCCAACCCACAAUUCCGGUGUUUGGUUUUAACAAUUAUGGUGAUGACCGCUAUGAAGUCAUCAACUACAAAAUGAGCUGGGAAAAAGCAGAGAAGACCUGCAGGGACCAGUCUGCAGAACUGGCCAGUGUCCUGGAUCCUUAUGCUGAAUCUUUCCUGUGGUUACAAAUACUAAAGCAUGGGGAGCCUGUGUGGAUUGGCCUUAACAGCAACAUGAGUGGUGGCCAAUACGUAUGGUCAGAUAGAAGGAGGAGCAGGUAUCUUAACUGGGGCAGUGGAGAACCAAAUAAAAACAAAGCCUGUGUCUAUUUAGAUUUGGAUGGUUUUUGGAAGACAGCAUCUUGCAAUGAAACAUUUUCAUCUCUCUGUAAGCAAUCCAAUGAGUUAAUCCCUAGUGAACCACCGCAGCUUCCUGGGAAGUGUCCUGAACCGAAGCGUGGUAGAUCCUGGAUUCCCUUCCGUGGGCAUUGUUACUAUGUUCACACCACUUCUGAGGAAAGCUGGCCUGAUGCUUCCAUGAUGUGUAUUCAAAUGGGUGCUUCUCUGGUUUCCAUAGAAGAUUCGGCUGAAAUGAAUUUUCUCUUACUUUACUUGUCUCCACUUGCAAGUGACUUCAGAAAGUUUUGGAUAGGAUUGUUCAAAAAUAUUGAUGGAGAAUGGAUAUGGAUGGACAGAAGUGCAGUAGAAUAUGUCAACUGGGAGAAAGGAGAGCCUACAGUACUUUUUGAUGAACACUGUGUUGACAUGGAUGUCUCAAGUGGAACCUGGAGGACCUAUUACUGCUCUGUUGACCAGAAUUUUAUUUGCAAAAUCCCCAAAAUUGCUGAAGUUGAGCCAACCCAUGAUUCACUUGUCAAUAAUGCAUCACAAAGCAAAGCUGCUGCUUCAUCGUCAAGAAGUUUAGGUGGGAUGAUUUUUAUACUGAUCUUCCUUCUGCUAGCUGGCACUGGCCUCACAUUGUACUGUUUCUAUAAAAGAAGACGUGAUCAACAAAUGUUUACAGCUGGGUUUGACAAUGCCAUAUACCGUGGUGACAUUGGAACUUGUGAAUCAAAUUGUCUCGUGACCAAUAUUGAAGAAAAUGAGCGGGCAGCAGUUUAAUAGGCUGGGUAAUCUUGAACCUGAUUUUGAAAAGAAUUAAAGUGUUCGCAUAUGAGAAUUCUUAAGGAAAGCAAUUUUCUCCUAUGGAAAUUCUACUUAAUUUUGCAUAGGGUGCUUCUUGCUUUCUGUACUAGCAGGAACAAGCAAACAUGCAAGGAAGAUGCAGAGAUCUGUUCACAAACUGUAGUACCUGGGAGGGUUGUUGAGCUUUCACAUGGACCUGGAGCUAUGUUGUGCAAGUUGACACUCGGGAAGCUCCAGUCUCUGUGCAUCCAUCAUCAUCUUUAGGCGCAAGAACUGUGUUCACCAUAUUCAGUUGUGAGAAUAUGGUCCUUAGCAUGUCCCAAAAAGUAUAUCCAGACGUGUAGGUAUCCUGAAAAAGUCCUGUUGAUCUCCAGCACACACUGGCAGAAUUGCACAGGUUGGACAGGAUGUCCAAGCCCACCUGGUGCAGAUCCCUGUUUGAAGCAGGACCAGGUCCCAGCCUCAGCCAGGCAACCUGCUCCAGUGCUGUGGGUCCACAUCUUCUUUUUGCUACUGUGGUACCACAGAAAACAUUUGUGUUGCCCGUAAUAUCAGAAUUAACAUAAUUUGCUCCUCUGUUUAUGACAGAUGGAAAGCAAAGUGUAAAGUGAAUUUUUUCUGCUGUAGUUCUGUAGCAUAUGCAUUGAAAGAUCAACUAUGAUGAGAGGUGGGAAUGUAUUGUGAAUAAUAGUGGUUUAUCAUUUAAACAGUCAAAUAGGGAUCUCAAAGGAUGCUGCAAAAGGGUGGGAAGGAAAGAGGAAUUAUACUUAAUUCACACCUGAACAUUUACAUAAAAAGUAUUCUUGAUAUCUCCAAUGCCAGUGUAGAUUUCAUAAACUUUUAGGCCAUUUUUUCAAAGCCUGAUGAAACUUACCAUUAGAAAGUCUUUUCUAAUUUCUAACCAAAUUUUCCCUGUCCAAGCCUGUUUUAAACCUUUGAGCCUCAUUCUAGAUUUCCAUCAUGUUGGAGCUGAUGGCACUGCAUCUCAUACUGGUCUACUGGUAUAUUUUCAGGCUUCAUAAACCCUAAAAUACGCUCACAUACAAGUGUUUUUUGUUUUCACUUUCCGAGUGUAUUUUAUGCCAAAUGCAAACAACCAAAUGGCUCAAAAGUUUUAGUGCAGUGAAUGUCCUUAUUUAAUUUGAUACUUUUUGAUAUUUCUAUCUUUUGACAGAUUUUAAUUGUGUUUAAGUUAAAAUAUUUUGUGUGUGUAUGAAAUACAUGUAAAAAAGUUUUUCUUCUGCAUUUGUUCACUAAAUGGGAAUUAAAAGGCUGAUUCUAAGUAAAA